UCUCUUAUUUUUUAUGUUUCAUUAUUAAAAUUCAUCAUCAAUAUUCGAUCUUACCAAAAUUAAAAAAUAUGACCACACAUUUCUGAUGUACAACCUGUAAUGUGUAUUGCUAAAGUGUUUAACAAACUACGCUUUUAAUUUAUUUUCAAGAUCCUUUAUAAUAAAAUAUAUUACUGUGGUUUGUGUUGAGAAAAAAAAAAUUAUGGAAUUAAAAAAUCGAUUGGGCUCCUGCGAAGUGUGUAACGGUGAUGUUGCUAAAUAUUGCUGCCCAAGAUGUGAAGUGAAAACUUGUAGUUUAUCAUGUGUAAAUAUUCAUAAGAAAGAAUUAGAUUGUGAUGGCAAAAAAUACAAAACAGGGUUUAAAAAAUUAGAAAACUUUACUGACACAGAAAUGAGUCAAGAUUAUAGACUUAUGAAUGAGUUUAUUGAAGCUGUUGGAGAGUUUAAAAUGAAAACCCAACGCAUAUCCAAUUUAUCUCCAGUAUUUCGAAGAUUGCGUUAUCAAGCAUAUCAACGAAACAUACGUUUACAGAUCUUACCUAAGUCUACUUUGAACAAGAAUAAUACCUCUUUUUUUAAUCCUAAAAUUAAUAAGAUCUUUUGGCGUAUAGAUUGGACAUUUCAUGGCACAGAUGUGAAGUAUACAAACCACAAAGUCCCGGAAUAUCAAAAAAUAAAUAAUAUAGUUAGAAACUAUUUCACAACAGAGUUUCAUGAUGAUGAAGUAAAAGAAAAAAUGAAGUUUUAUAUUUCAGCUGGAAUCAAGGGUGUUAUAUUUCUAAUGAAAACACCAUAUGGAAAAUAUUAUCAACUUGAUUCAGAGGACUCAAUAUUAUAUAGCUUAAGAUAUAAGACAAUACUGGAAUACCCAGAAAUAUUAGUUGUUUUAUCUAUUCAUAAAGAUACAUUUAGUGAUCUUCUUUAUGUCGAAAAUUCAACGUUUAAUAACAAUAAAUCAACAAUUAUGUAAUAUUUAAUAAAUUGUUAAUAAUUUCUAGUA